CAACAAGGCUGUUUAUUUCACCUGGGUGCAGGUGGGCUGAGUCCGAAAAGAGAGUCAGCAAAGGGUGGUGGGAUUAUCAUUAGUUCUUACAGGUUUUGGGAUAGGCAUUGGAGUUUGGAGCAAUGUUUUGUGGGCAGGGGGUGGAUCUCGCAAAGUACAUUCUCAAGGGUGGGAGAAUUAUAAAGAACCUUCUUAAGGGUCGGGGAAAUUACAAAGUACAUUGAUCAGUUAGGGUGGGGCAGAAACAAAUUACAAUGGUGGAAUGUCAUCAGUUAAGGCUAUUUUCACUUUUGUGGAUCUUCAGUUGCUUCAGGCCAUCUGGAUGUAUACGUGCAAGUUACUGGGGAUAUGAUGGCUUAGCUUGGGCUCAGAGGCCUGACAGUCUCUACUAAAAUUAGCUGGGUAUGGGUGUCCUGGUACAGGUCAUUAGUCUGAGCUACUAGGGAGGCUGAGGUGAGAGGAUCACUUGAGCCCGGAAGGUUGAGGCUGCAGUGAGUUAUGAUCACCCUGGGUGAGAGACCUUGUCUCUAAAAAAAGAAAAAAUAUAGAAGUUUAUAAACAUUUCUGAUGUUAUCAUAAAAACUUUAGAUACUGUGUAAUGUCUGCAUGAUAGUCUACGUAUGGAUGUGCCAUUAUUUAAUCAUUGUCUGCUACUGUUUCCUUUUUUUUUUGCUAUCAUUAAUACCUCAAAGAUUAGUACACAAAUCUUACUCACAUCUCUGAGGCUAUCCUUAGAAUAUUUUUGGAAGGGGAUUAUGGAGUCAAAAGUAAGACUUCUUUGAGACAAGGUCUUACUCUGCUGCCAAGACUUAAGUGCACUGGCACGAUCUUGGCUCACUGCGCCCUCCAACUCCUGGGCUCAAGUGAUCCUCCCACCCCAGUCUCCCAAGUACCCAUCACAGCAAUGAUCACAGGAAGGCGGUCACAGGAACGCACCCCGACGCGUAAAGAUGGGAUCUCGCCAUGUUCCCCAGGCUGGUACGAUUCCUGAUUCAUACUGGAGAACAACUUGCUGUGCAGUUAUAUUUUGAACCUCAUCAAAAUGGAAUCAUACAGCGUCCUCUUCUUUGUGCCUAAGUUAACAGUAGCUGCUAUUCGUUCAGGCUGUUGCGUUUAUCCGUAACUUCCUAUUUCUCUGUAGAAAUCCACUGUAUGAUACACCACAAUUUAGCCACUCAACUGCUGAUGGACAUUUAGGUUACCAGUUUUUUACUACUACGAAUAAACGUGCUAUGGACAUUCUUGCACAUGCCUUUGGUGGACGUAUGCACUCAUUCCUCUUGAAGUGAAAUUUCUGGGGUCACAAGGUAAGCGUACAUUUAGCUUUGGCAGAAACUGCAGCGGUUUUCCAAAAUGGUUGCACCGUGGGGCUGUUUUUCUAUCUUGGUCGCUGGACUUUAAGCGAGGCGUAAUCUAGAGGCACAACUGGCUCGGGUAAGGCGUGGAGCCUGACUGUGUGCCGGGAUCUGCCAGGGCUGCCACCAGCUAGCUGCACGGGUGAACAGACUCAGCAAGGUGCCACAGUGGCUUCCCACAGAUCCACUCUCGGUGGGCUCGGUCCAACGACCCGCUAUGUCUGCCGUACCGGCCCCGUACAAAUAUACUCAUUCACAUACUGGAAAACAGGGUGUUUUUCAGAGCAUCCACGUUAGCUCACACUGUAAAAAAAAAGUCAGCACUGCGAAACGCAGUCGCUUCCUUCAUCCAGGAGGUAGCGCGUCCUACUCGCUCCGGAACAAAGGAAGCGCUCUGCAGGGUCUCGCGGCCCGGCCCCUCACCUAGGCACAUGCGCAGAUCGAACCUCACAGAGGCCCGCGGUCCAGGCGCGCGUGGCGUAGCGCCGUCCGCCAGUGCGUGAUGACCCCAGAGCGUGCGUUCGGUGGCCCAUAGGGGAAGAUGGCGGCUGCUCCUUUGGAGGAGCGGGAUUGAGAGGAUCGGGGUGGGGAGACCAAACAAGAGAGACAUUCCUGGCUCUGAAGGCGAACGUUUCGCUGGCCAUUUAGGAGCUCUGCUCAAAGCCAGACGUAUCCUAGAAGGAAAACAUCACCAUGGCUACAGAAAUUGGUUCUCCUCCUCGUUUUUUCCAUAUGCCAAGGUUCCAGCACCAGGCACCUCGACAGCUGUUUUAUAAGCGACCUGAUUUUGCACAACAGCAAGCAAUGCAACAGCUUACUUUUGAUGGAAAACGAAUGAGAAAAGCUGUGAACCGAAAAACCAUAGACUACAAUCCAUCUGUAAUUAAGUAUUUGGAGAACAGAAUAUGGCAAAGAGACCAGAGAGAUAUGCGGGCAAUUCAGCCUGAUGCAGGUUAUUACAAUGAUCUGGUCCCACCUAUAGGAAUGUUGAAUAAUCCUAUGAAUGCAGUAACAACAAAAUUUGUUCGGACAUCAACAAAUAAAGUAAAGUGUCCUGUAUUUGUUGUUAGGUGGACUCCAGAAGGAAGACGCUUGGUCACUGGAGCUUCUAGUGGGGAGUUUACCCUGUGGAAUGGACUCACUUUCAAUUUUGAAACAAUAUUACAGGCUCACGACAGCCCAGUGAGGGCCAUGACGUGGUCACAUAAUGACAUGUGGAUGUUGACAGCAGACCACGGAGGAUAUGUGAAAUAUUGGCAGUCGAACAUGAACAACGUCAAGAUGUUCCAGGCACAUAAGGAGGCGAUUAGAGAGGCCAGUUUCUCACCCACGGAUAAUAAAUUUGCUACAUGCUCUGAUGACGGCACUGUUAGAAUCUGGGACUUUCUUCGUUGCCAUGAGGAAAGAAUUCUCCGAGGGCAUGGUGCUGAUGUGAAAUGUGUAGACUGGCAUCCAACCAAAGGGUUAGUUGUUUCAGGAAGUAAAGAUAGUCAACAGCCAAUCAAGUUCUGGGAUCCCAAGACUGGGCAGAGUCUUGCAACACUUCAUGCCCAUAAAAACACAGUAAUGGAAGUGAAAUUAAACCUCAAUGGCAAUUGGCUACUCACAGCAUCACGUGAUCAUCUCUGUAAACUUUUUGAUAUCAGAAACCUAAAAGAAGAGCUUCAAGUCUUCCGAGGUCAUAAGAAAGAAGCCACAGCUGUGGCCUGGCAUCCUGUUCAUGAAGGACUUUUUGCCAGUGGAGGGUCUGAUGGUUCUUUGUUAUUCUGGCAUGUUGGGGUAGAGAAGGAAGUGGGUGGGAUGGAGAUGGCCCACGAAGGGAUGAUCUGGAGUCUGGCUUGGCAUCCUCUUGGGCAUAUUCUCUGCUCAGGCUCAAAUGACCAUACUAGCAAAUUCUGGACUCGAAACCGACCAGGUGAUAAAAUGCGAGAUCGAUAUAAUCUAAACCUUUUACCUGGAAUGUCUGAAGAUGGAGUAGAAUAUGAUGACCUCGAACCUAAUAGCCUGGCAGUAAUUCCAGGAAUGGGAAUACCAGAACAACUAAAAUUAGCUAUGGAACAAGAACAGAUGGGGAAAGAUGAAUCAAAUGAAAUUGAAAUGACAAUUCCAGGUUUAGAUUGGGGAAUGGAGGAAGUGAUGCAAAAGGAUCAGAAAAAAGUACCUCAGAAGAAAGUUCCUUAUGCAAAACCCAUUCCUGCUCAGUUCCAGCAGGCUUGGAUGCAAAAUAAAGUUCCAAUUCCUGCUCCAAAUGAGGUGCUGAAUGACAGAAAAGAAGACAUUAAAUUGGAAGAGAAGAAAAAAACACAAGCAGAAAUUGAGCAAGAAAUGGCUACAUUACAAUAUACUAACCCACAACUUCUGGAGCAACUUAAAAUUGAAAGACUUGCACAGAAACAAGUUGAGCAAAUUCAGCCUCCUCCCUCAUCUGGCACCCCUCUCCUCGGACCCCAGCCUUUUCCAGGACAAGGUCCAAUGUCUCAGAUUCCUCAAGGUUUUCAACAGCCCCAUCCAUCUCAGCAGAUGCCAAUGAACAUGGCUCAAAUGGGGCCUCCAGGUCCACAGGGACAGUUUAGGCCUCCUGGACCCCAGGGACAAAUGGGACCACAAGGUCCUCCACUGCAUCAGGGAGGUGGGGGGCCACAAGGAUUCAUGGGACCACAGGGACCCCAGGGCCCGCCCCAGGGGUUGCCACGGCCUCAGGACAUGCAUGGGCCCCAAGGAAUGCAGAGGCAUCCUGGACCUCAUGGCCCUUUGGGACCUCAAGGGCCACCUGGACCACAAGGUAGUUCUGGUCCUCAAGGUCAUAUGGGUCCUCAGGGUCCACCUGGCCCACAGGGUCACAUAGGCCCCCAAGGCCCGCCUGGCCCUCAGGGUCACUUGGGCCCACAGGGGCCUCCGGGUACUCAAGGUAUGCAGGGACCACCUGGUCCCAGAGGAAUGCAAGGGCCUCCUCAUCCUCAUGGGAUCCAAGGCGGACCAGGGUCUCAAGGGAUCCAAGGUCCUGUGUCUCAGGGACCUCUGAUGGGAUUGAAUCCAAGAGGAAUGCAGGGGCCUCCAGGCCCCCGGGAGAACCAGGGCCCUGCUCCCCAAGGGAUGAUGAUGGGCCACCCGCCUCAAGAGAUGAGAGGACCUCACCCUCCAGGUGGACUACUGGGACACGGCCCUCAGGAAAUGAGAGGUCCUCAGGAGAUCCGAGGCAUGCAGGGGCCUCCACCCCAAGGAUCAAUGCUGGGACCUCCCCAGGAAUUGCGAGGGCCUCCAGGCUCACAAAGUCAGCAGGGGCCGCCCCAGGGCUCUUUAGGACCUCCACCCCAGGGUGGCAUGCAAGGACCCCCCGGACCUCAGGGACAGCAGAACCCAGCAAGAGGGCCACAUCCAUCUCAAGGGCCAAUACCAUUCCAGCAACAGAAAACGCCUCUGCUAGGUGAUGGGCCCCGGGCCCCCUUCAACCAGGAAGGACAGAGCACAGGCCCCCCACCCCUGAUACCAGGCCUAGGGCAGCAGGGAGCACAAGGUCGCAUUCCCCCUCUGAACCCCGGACAAGGACCUGGCCCCAACAAAGGUGACUCCCGCGGCCCUCCAAACCAUCACAUGGGCCCGAUGUCAGAGAGGCGGCAUGAGCAGAGCGGCGGGCCUGAGCAUGGGCCCGAGAGGGGGCCUUUCCGGGGUGGCCAGGACUGCAGGGGUCCCCCUGAUAGGCGUGGCCCUCACCCAGACUUCCCCGAUGACUUCAGCAGACCAGAUGACUUCCACCCUGACAAGCGCUUUGGCCACCGGUUACGUGAAUUUGAGGGGCGAGGAGGACCUUUACCGCAAGAAGAGAAGUGGAGGCGAGGGGGCCCUGGGCCUCCGUUUCCCCCUGAUCACAGGGAAUUCAGCGAGGGGGAUGGCCGGGGUGCAGCCCGAGGCCCUCCAGGGGCAUGGGAAGGCCGCAGGCCCGGAGAUGAACGUUUCCCCCGGGAUCCCGAGGACCCACGUUUUCGAGGGCGCAGAGAAGAAAGCUUCAGAAGAGGAGCCCCGCCGAGGCAUGAGGGCCGUGCUCCCCCCAGAGGAAGGGAUGGUUUUCCUGGUCCUGAAGACUUUGGUCCAGAGGAGAAUUUUGAUGCUUCUGAGGAAGCGGCCCGAGGACGAGAUCUCAGAGGUCGAGGUCGGGGUACCCCACGAGGAGGAAGGAAGGGUUUACUUCCCACUCCUGACGAGUUCCCUCGCUUUGAAGGAGGGCGGAAGCCAGAUUCCUGGGAUGGAAACAGAGAGCCUGGGCCAGGUCAUGAACAUUUUCGUGAUACUCCCCGCCCUGAUCAUCCCCCUCACGACGGUCAUUCCCCAGCCAGCAGAGAACGCUCCUCUUCUCUCCAAGGCAUGGACAUGGCAUCCCUACCUCCCCGAAAGCGCCCCUGGCAUGAUGGCCCAGGCACUUCUGAGCACAGAGAGAUGGAGGCCCCAGGAGGCCCUUCUGAAGACCGAGGAGGCAAAGGCCGAGGGGGCCCAGGACCUGCUCAGAGAGUGCCCAAAUCUGGGCGUUCCAGCUCCUUAGACGGAGAGCACCAUGAUGGAUACCACAGAGAUGAACCUUUUGGGGGCCCUCCAGGCAGUGGCACCCCUUCUCGAGGGGGCCGGAGUGGCAGUAACUGGGGUAGAGGGAGUAACAUGAACUCUGGCCCGCCGAGGCGAGGAGCUUCACGGGGUGGUGGAAGGGGUCGGUAGAAGCUGGAACUGAGUACCCUGAGGCCUCUCUGGACAGUAUGUAAGAACUUCUUGUGGACUCACCAAGAGAAGCAAAAGGAAGCCUGCACCGUUGUAGCCCUGAACUCUUUUCUGGGCACCUGAAUCCCAGGAACCCUCAAUGAGGUCUUCAAGAUGAAGAGACUGCUGCCAGCUACCAGCCCGGCUGGCCCUGUCCUGUCCACCCUCAUUGCCCCAACUCCCAUGUUGUUUUGUGAAGAUAAAAGCUGGGAUCUUUUUCUUUUUUUUAAGUCAAGUCUCACAAGACAUGGGGCAUCUCCACAAAUUUAAGUUCCUGUCCAUUUGGAAAUUUGUUUCUAUGUGUACAGUUUGUCAGAGAAAAACAAAGUUUUUGUAUGAAUACAGAAUGUGAUUUACGCAAGAAUUGACAGAAAA